AUGGAGGUGACUAAGAGUUCCUCCUGGAUUUUGAAAGGAAUCAUGAAGACCAGUCAUAUUAUUCUUAGAGUACAAAGAUACUGGAAUCACAGUUUGAGAGAAGGAAAGUUCAGAAUGGGAGUUGUGUACAAAGAUAUUCAGAACCAGGAACCAAAUGUCAACUGGUAUGCUAUACUGGCUGGGAACAAGGCCAGACCUAGGGCUAUUUUCUGCUUGUGGAUUGCUUGCCAUCUAAAAUUAGCCACUAAGAAAAGGCUUGCCAAUUGGGGUAUGAUAUCAUACAAAACCCGCUGCUUCUGUCAGGCCAGUGAGAACAUUGACCACCUGCUUUUUGAAUGUGAUGUGAUGCAAGAGAUUUGGUCAAGUUUCCUUCAAUGGCUUCAAGUGAGUCAUAAACCGAGUCAAUGGGAGGAGAAAAUUAAUUGGAUUAGCAACUAUUGCAGGGGCAAAGGCAAAAGAGUUGGUGUGAUGAAAAUUGUUAUUGUUGAAACAGUCUACCAUUGUUGGAAUUAUAUGAACAAUACUUGCUUUAAUAGGAACCAAAACAUAGAUAAAAUAGAAGUUGUAAAUAACAUUAUAGAGUUUAUUAUUCAGAGGGGCUCGUAUAAUCGAAAAUAUAGGAAGUAUAUAGCUUUGCUUAUGAUGUAA